AUGACUUCAAAUGCUAGCUCAUUACAAAUUUCCAUUGACUCGGCAACGGAUUCAAACGCACCUGUGCCACCAUCACGCUCGUCUUAUAUGACCCAUAGCCCGGGAUCCCACAAACACACCCGCCCCCACGAAAUGACUGAGCGAGAGGUGGAAGAUCUAGGCCAAGGGCCUUCGGACACUGCCCUCGGACAGUUCUCGUUUGCUCCCACUACUCGGACCACUGUCGUCACAACAACUACAACCACAACCACCUCAUUCCCGCCCCUGACCAUCAAACCCCCGCGUGCCGUGAAGGAUCUGGAUACUCGACAAUACCCCCUCGCCUCAUCACCUACUCCCGCCGCACUCAGGAAUCUAAAGUUCAAAAUUGGUGACAAGUCUAUCGUCUUCAACGAGCCCGAGGAUACCCUCGCUGCUACGACUGAGCAAAAGGAGAAAAAUGAGGCGCUACGAACCUCAAAUGGCCAGAUUCGCUCGGUGAAUUCAUUCAUCUCCGAGGGUGAUAACCCUACCCAGCGACUCGCCCGCUCCAAUACGAGUCAACCAUCUAGCCACUCCGACGCUCGGCGACGUGCAGUUUCACCCGUUUCCAUCCCAGAUUCACGGCCCUUUAUUCUACCUCGAACUCGCUCGAACCGGGUUCCCUCUGAGCCCAUCACACGCCGCACUCGUCAAAGUGGCGUAUCGUCAACUCAUCUCGCCGCUGGAUUGGCCACCCCCGACACUGAAGUCAACACCGGCGGACUGGGCGAAAAUGUGGCACCGAAACCAAGAAUCCACAGCGCGGUCUUCCCGCGCAGGGAACCUCCUUUGCCAUCGCCCCUCUCUUCCGAAAUUGGGGCCAGGGGCGCCCACACUUCUCACCCAAGUUUCAGCCUGCAGAAUGGGGGAUCCGGUAAUCGUUCCGUUUCCAUGCCUCGGGAACCUCUUGUGCAGGAAGGAGAUGAAAACCGCCCAGUCACGCAGGAGGCGAGCUCGUUUGACCAUGACUCCACAUACGACUCACAGGAAGCAAUACAAGAGCGACCAGAGCAUACCUCUCAGCUUUCGGCGAUUGACAAUGCCAUGGCACAAGACAUGUGCCUUCCCAGCCCCAGUCUCUCGCCGGUCGCUGCUAUGAAUGCCUUGCAUGGCGAAUCCUCAUUGGAUUCCGAGGGUUUCGACAAUGAUACGGAUUCUAGCCUUGAUCAAAAUGUUUCGCGUCUUUCCAGGGCUUUGCGACUACAAGAUGCAGAGGCUGGUCGGUCAAAUAGCCAUCUUAACUCACGGUCCCCCUCGUCUCUUCUAGAUAUGCCGAAGGUGCUGGACUUUUUCGACUCGGUGCCGGAUGAGGUCAAAACAUACAUGAUGUACCAAUUCCUCCGAAGAUGCCCCAAGCCUACUCUCCAUUUUGUGGCCGACGUGGUUAACCCGACACUGAAGUGUGACUUCCUCUCUUUACUGCCUCUGGAGCUUAGCCUCAACAUCGUGAAGUACCUUGAUGUACAAACUAUGUGCCGUGCUGCGCAGGUCUCCAAGCGUUGGAGGCACAUCACAAACUCCGAUGAAAAGAGCUGGAAGGAUUUGCUCAUCAGCAACGGUUAUUCACUUUCGGACGGAGAGCUGGAGCGGGCCAUCAGACAAGGAUGGGGAUGGCAGUUAUGCAACGGCCCCGAAAAUCACGAAGAGGACCUCAGCAUUAUCGAGCUACCGAAGCUGGACAGGGAAGUUUCUCCUGUUCCUACGAUGGCCGGUCCAAGCAGUAGAAGCCCCUUGGCGGCGUUACCUGUCAACAGACGCCCCAAGAGAAAAGCGAACACGCGUAUCUCGAGCCGCAAACUUGCCAAGCGCAAGGUCUCAGCAGCCGGUGGGGAAUUCGCAGAUCCAGAUUGGAGGAAGGACAUCGCUGCUUCUGAAACUCCCUACGCAGCUGCCAAUGCUGCGGCCACGGCGAUUCCCUACGCUGAAGUGGGCCUGCCGUCUCUUCGUGGAAUCUCUCUCUUCAAGGUGCUCUACCGCCGCCAUGUCUCAAUCCAUAAAGGAUGGAUGCAGCCAGAUGUCAAGCCACAGCACAUUGCUUUCCGUGCCCACGAUCGUCAUGUCGUCACUUGCUUGCAAUUUGACGCCGACAAGGUCCUCACAGGAAGUGAUGAUACUAACAUCAAUGUCUAUGACACGAAAACAGGCGCUCUGAAGGCAACACUGCAGGGCCACGAAGGUGGUGUCUGGGCUUUGGAAUACUAUGGUAACACUUUGGUAUCUGGCUCCACCGACCGCUCGGUGCGAGUUUGGGACAUCGAGCGGGCCCGGUGUACUCAGAUCUUCCACGGGCACACCUCCACUGUGCGCUGUCUGCAGAUUGUUAUGCCCACCGAGAUAGGCAGGGAUGCAAAUGGGCAGCCUGAGAUCAUGCCCAAGGAACCCUUGAUCAUCACUGGAUCUCGUGACUCGAGCCUGCGUGUUUGGAAGCUGCCUCAGCCCGGUGAUCCAGUCAACUAUCAAAACGGUUCCCUUACCGAAGACAGUGCUUGUCCAUACUUCCUCCGUGUGCUCUCCGGCCAUCAGCAUUCCGUUCGUGCAAUUGCCGCCCACGGCGAUACCCUCGUGAGUGGUAGUUAUGACUUUACCGUCAAGGUCUGGAAAAUCUCCACCGGUCAAACUUUACAUACGCUGCAGGGCCAUUCGAUGAAGGUUUAUAGCGUUGUUCUGGACCACAAGCGCAACCGCUGCAUCAGUGGCGCCAUGGACCAUAUGGUCAAAGUCUGGUCCCUGGACGACGGAUCCGUCCUCUAUAACCUCGAAGGCCACACCUCCCUCGUCGGAUUGCUUGCCCUGGAGCACGAAUUCCUCGUUUCGGCCGCGGCCGAUUCCACUCUCCGCAUCUGGGACUCCGUGCACGGUCACUGCAAGAACACACUGAGUGCACACACCGGCGCCAUCACAUGCUUCCAGCACGACGAUCAGAAAGUCAUUUCAGGAUCUGAUCGCACAUUGAAGAUGUGGGACGUGCGAACUGGUGAAUGUGUCCGCGACCUCCUCACAGACCUCAGCGGCGUCUGGCAGGUCAAAUUCAACGACCGCAGGUGCGUCGCUGCAGUCCAGCGUGAUAACAUGACCUAUAUCGAAGUCCUUGACUUUGGUGCUGCCCGAGAUGGCAUACCAGAAACUAAACUCGCGAAGCGAAUCGUCGUGAACAGACGGGGCCAAGAAGUUGUCAAUGGUGCCGAGGACGACGACGAAUCUGACUGA